AGAGAAUGCAGACACUGAUCUUGUGUGUAUAUGGUAAAGAGAACUUUUGUUUUCAGUUUAGAAUUCAGGAGGUGUAGAGAUGACAGAGAGCGAGAGACUUCCACACUCAGUGAUAUAAUAACAGAUCCAAAUGUAGAUGAUGCCAUGGACAAUUCUUCAUAGACUCACGGCCUCCCUGGUAUAGAUAGCAAAGAUGACAUCAACCAGAUUUAGAAGACUUCCCAGUCACUGAAAAGAAAGACACGCAUGAUCCUGUUAAAAAGAGAGACGUGAAGAAGUAUUUCAAAUGCAGUCGCCUUCACUUAUUUCUGCAUCACAACAUUGAGCCCCUGACACUGAGGAAAGCACAGACAACUAAUCCGGAAGAGCAAACUUAGACUACAGCAUGGAUCACAGAGUUCCCAAUCGGACGAUUGUAUUAUUUGGAAACUCUGCAGCAGUCCAGUUUGGACAUGACAAUAUUCUACUUGGAGAAGCACAGAAGUAUCUAAAAAAUGCAGAAGAAAUAUCCAGGAUUGUUUCUGAAAAAAGGAAGUUACCAGACCAUCAAAUCUCAGUGAUCACCAUGAUUGACUUACAUGAAACUGAACUUUACCUGGACUCUGUAAAUCCUCUCAUUGAUCAAAUAGUGAAUGAACAUGAAAUCCACGCCUUCAUCUUUGUGGUGCAACUGGGCCAGUUUACAGAUGCUAAAAAGAUGGCCAUUGAAUGGCUUCAGAGAGUAUUUGGAGAAAGAGUUCUUCAGUUUGUGAUCAUUCUCUUCACGUAUGAAGAGGAAGAGCGUGACUCUAUAAAAGAUGAUCUGAAGAAGAACACAAUUCUACAGCCGUUGCUGAAGAAAUGUGGAGGAAGACAUCACACCUGCAGCAAGAUCAUGAACAACCAAUCUGAGAUGAGUGAACUGAUGAAGAAGAUUGACCAUCUCUUUAUAGAGAAUAAACAGAAGUGCUACACCAGUGGGAUGUACAAAGUACAGUUAAGAGAGAGACAAAACCUGCCAAAGAGUGAAAGUGAUCAAGAAACAAAAGAAAACACAAACUUCAUUGCUAAAACACUGUGUUUGGGAAGCUAUUUGCAGUCUGAAAAAGAAGACAGACAACUGGAUGAUGAAGACAACAGGAAAGCUGAUUAUACAUUUCAAACAGACAAGAGAAGGAAGCAGAUGGCAGAAGAACAGAGGGACGAAAUGGCCAAAGAGAUUGCAACAGAAGAUAAGGGGCUUCAACAAAAAUUUAAGCAGCUAAUUCAAAGACUUCAUCUUGAGAGCUCACUUUCCUAUAAACUGAGAGCUGCAGAUGUUCUUCAGUUAACUGCACAUUCAUUACAGUCUCAUGAGUCUUGUGCCGAAGAGAAACUGGUUCAGACUUUCAUUCAAAAACUACUGAUCAUGGACUACAGAGCAAGAUACAUUAACAAAGAAUCUUUAAAAAUGGAUAACAUACAUCGAAGACACAAUAAUUCAUCUGAAGACGAGGAUGAAGCAUCUGAUGAUAUUUUUAAAGAUUCAUGCUUUUCCAAUCAAGGAAAGAUACAAACAGAUCCUGUUCACUCAAUGGAUGUACAGAUGGCCGUGUUUCAUUGUGCUGAUAGUUUCCUGAAACAGCUGAUGGUGACUAAACUGUCUCAGUGUCAGUAUGCUCUGCCUCUGCUUGUACCUGAUCCAUUCACACAACACAUUGAGUUUCCUCUCUGGACAUUCAGACAAAUCAACAAGAGCUGGAAGACAUUUAGUGAUACAGAUAAAAUUUUUGGUAAAAGCCAGCCAAUCUGUAAGGCAGAAACUCCAAUGGUGUGUUUCUUCAGGUUUGGCUCAGUGUCCUCAUCCAAGUCUCAGCUGAUGAACAGUCUGAUCAAUGAGAAACACAACACAUUCUUCCACAGGAACUGCCCAGGCAGCAGCAGAACCAGAGUACUGAUGGAUGGAGUGGUGGAGAUCGCCUGGUACUGCCCGUCUGGAAAAAACACGGAUAUAUUUACUGAAUGUGUUGCGUUCUGUAAUCUACAUGGUGAUGCAGGAGACCAUGAGAAACAGCUGCAGAUCCUCAAUGAAAUGUCCUCAGUCAAUGUUGUUCUUCUACCACAGCUUGAAAGGAAUGACAAAAGUGCAACAAAAAUCCAAAAUCUAUACAGAGACAGAAAGCCACUCAUUUGCCUCCUUACUGAGAAUGAUUCUACUGUAAUUAAGAUGAGGAAAGGGAAAUACAAAAUAGGUUUGAAAGACAGAAAUCAGUCAGAUGUUUCUGAAGAACUCAGAAGAGCUAUAAAUGAUUGUCUCUCAAUCUCAUCUUCAGAAUCAUCUUCCAUUUUCAGACUUGAAGAUGUGUCCAAACACUCAGAUAUUAGAGUAGAUGAAGAUGAUGAUGAAGACUGUAAGAUGGCAAAAGAAGCAGCUCAGCAGAUGAUGAGAUUACUGAAGAAUAAAGAUCUGACAAAAAUCAAAGAAUCAUUUCUGCCCUGUCAGGGAAAACUGUGGCAUCAGUGGUGUCAGACGAACAAAGAACUACAUCGACCUCAAGGAAAUGAACUUGAAAGGGAAAUAAGUAGAAAACAAACAGAUAAAAAGAAAAUCCGUGAGCUACAACAUGAAUCCAAGAUGAGUGAGUUUAUGAAGUGCUUUAUCAAAGAAAUGAACUUGCAUGCUGCAAAUAAAAAUAUUUAUUUUCUUAAAUGGCUCGGAAUCCUCUUGGAUGAACACACCUCAGUUGAACUUUCUGCUCUACAUCACAAGUAUGAUAAUAAGUGGUCAAGUAUCUUAAAACUGAAAGAGAACAAUGAAAAAUCAGAGCAACUCAAGUCUGAACAAACAGAACUUGAGGAAAUAUCUCAAGAACUUCAAGGUGCAACCUUUGGUUUGGAGCACAUCCUGAGAGAGAUCGGUCAGAUCUAUGAAUCAUGUUCAUCUGUGAAGAAGAACAAGAAAUGUCUGCAGAUUCACUUCUCUUCUCUCCCGAGUCUUGCAGCAGAGAUGAUGAUCUCUGGAUUUCCUCUGGAGCUAAUGGAUGGAGAUGCUGCUCAUGUUCCUGUGAUCUGGAUCUCUGCUGUUCUAGAUGAACUCAUCAGGAAACUGGGAGAUCAGAGAGUGUUUGUGCUGUCAGUUUUAGGGAUUCAGAGCUCUGGGAAAUCCACCAUGUUGAAUGCCAUGUUUGGACUGCAGUUUGCCGUCAGUGCUGGCAGGUGCACCAGAGGAGCUUUCAUGCAGCUGGUCAGAGUGACAGGGGAGAUCAAAGCACAGCUGAAGUUUGACUAUAUUCUGGUGGUUGAUACUGAAGGACUUCGUGCUCUAGAACUGGCUGGAAGAUCAACAAGACAUCAUGACAAUGAAAUGGCCACAUUUGUUGUGGGUCUUGGAAAUCUGACAUUGAUAAACAUCUUUGGAGAAAACCCAUCUGAGAUGCAGGACAUUCUUCAGAUUGUUGUUCAGGCCUUCCUGAGGAUGAAGAAGGUCAGACUGAAUCCCAGCUGCAUGUUUGUGCAUCAGAAUGUUUCAGACAUCACAGCUGGAGAGAAAAACAUGGAGGUAAGGAGACGACUGCUGGAGAAACUGGAUGAAAUGACAAAACUUGCGGCAAAAGAGGAAGUCUGUGAUGCAGAAAGAUUCAAAAAUGUAAUUAAUUUUGAUGUUCAAAAUGAUGUGAAAUAUUUUUCACAGCUUUGGGAGGGCAGCCCACCCAUGGCACCACCAAACCCAAACUACUGUGAAAAUGUACAAGAUCUAAAGAAAACUAUUCUUUCUCAUGCCUCAAAAUCAGAUGGCAUGAUGUUGAAAUACCUGAAACAACGUAUUCAAGAUCUCUGGGAGGCUUUACUGAAUGAACGAUUUGUGUUCAGCUUCAGAAAUUGUCUUGAGAUUUCAGCAUACAAGAAGCUAGAGACAAAAUACAGCAAGUGGACCUGGAGUCUCCGCAGUGCCAUGCUGGAGACUGAAAACAAGCUACACAACAAAAUAGAAAAUGAAACAAUUCAUGAGGUUGAGGAAACACAUCUUCAAAGAGAACUGAAAGAGAAAAGUGGAGAAGUGAAAAAAUCUAUGUUGGAAUUCUUUGAGAAAGACAUAGAUAAAGAAAUUCUGAUUCAAUGGAAAACUUCAUUUGAGAUAAAAAUCAAAGAGCUUCAAGAAAACAUUGUGAGAGAAACAAAGAGGAAAUUAAAUGAAAUUCUUCAGCAGCGAGAUCUGAAGAAAAAGAUUGAAGCUCAGAAGACACAUCAUGAAAACACUCUCUUUGAAAAGAGCAAAAUAUUUGCCUUAAAAUUCAAAGACAAAGCAAAUGAUGAAGAAACACUGAAGAAAGAGUUUGAUUGCUUUUGGGAAGAGUGUGUUAAGAAAAUCAUCACAGACACUCCUCAAAUCAAAGACAUUGACAUAUUAAGAGACUUGAAAGAGCUCCUCAGUGACAUCUAUAAAAGUGCUCCUGUUGACCGCAAGAGGGCGAGCAGGGAUAUUUUUCUUGUGCCAAAUUUUUCAGAUUAUGUACAGUUAAAGAAAUCCAGUGGAAAAAAAGGAACUGUUAUAAAUUUCUACAGAGGAGCAAAAGAUUGGCUUGGAUUUUCUCUGUCUAAAGAGGAUGAAACCAGAAUAAAAACUUUAAUUACUGAUGUUGCUCACCAAACAGACAAAAUGAUUAUGUCAUACAAUAUUGCAAAGAUGGGAUACAACAAAAGUUAUAUUCAAAAAGUCACAGAUUACAUCAUGACAAGAGUAACAGAACAUCAACAAGGACCAGUGAACUAUGUGCUUAAUAUUCAGUUCUUCAUGGAUUUAGCACUUUCCAUCUUUAAGAAAGCAAAUGAGAAAUUCACUGACCAACACAAAAUGUUCAGGAAAGCAAAUGAUCCUCUUCUCUAUUUGGAAACAAAGAAAGAGGAGUACUUCAGUAUUUUCCAGAAAUACUGUUUAGGAGCAGCAUCAACUGCCAUUUUUGGUGAGAUCAUCUGUCAGAAACUGAAAGAUCCCAUUGAACAGAGUGUCUACAAAAACACUGCCAGAGAUUUAGCAGAUGAAAUAAAAACAAACUGUGAAUCACUGAAUGGAAACAGAUCUAAACUGGAGAAACACAUCCUGAAGACACUGGCAGAAGAGGAGAAUUUUGACAUGGACAUGAACUACAUUAAAAAUCCCAGAGAUCACUUCAUGAGAUUCAUCAGAGCUGAAGUCAGUCAGUACAUCACUGAUAAGUUCAGUGUCAGUGUUCGGCCCAAGAUGAUGAAGAACAUCAAACUCCUGCAGGAGAAGAUCAUGAACGCAGCUCAUGAAUCUACUGAACAUGUUCAAGUGAACAGUGGAGAUGUUGAUUUGUGGUUGAAGUGUUUCACACAGAAGCUCUCAGAAAUGCUGAUAUUCUCUGAAAGAGACCUCAGUGGAGUUAAUCAUGAUGAUUUUGAUGAUGUCAACCUCAUAGAAGAUGUGAUAAGCAAAGAACUUCCUGCUGUAAUAUAUGACAUAAGCAGUAAAUUCAAUAGAGUAUCUUUUGAAGUAAAUCUGGAACAUAAGGACAGGCCAGAUGAGAUUCUGAUUGGUCACUUGUGUCAGUGCUGUUGGGUUCAGUGUCCUUUCUGUGCUGCCAUUUGCACCAACACAAUAGAAGACCACGAGGGAGAUCACUGUGUUUCUUUCCAUCGAGUUAAUGGACUUAACGGGACAUACUAUAGGGAUACAACAAAUUUGUCUACUCAGAUCUGCACAACAGCUGUAGCAAGUAGUGAUCUUUCAUUUUAUCCAAAUGAAUCAGAUGAAUUAGUCCUCUGGAGAGAUUACAGAACAGCAGGUCCUCAUUUUGCUAACUGGUGCAUCACCCCUGAUGUCUCGGAACUGCCAUACUGGAAGUGGUUUGUGUGCAGAUUCCAGAAAGUUCUGGAAAAACACUAUAAUAAAACAUUCCAGGAGAGUGGAAAGAUCCCAGAUAAAUGGAGAGAAUAUACAAAACAGGAAGCUAUUGAGAGCUUAGAUAAAUACAUCUAAUGAAGCAGAUUUAGAAAUAAUUGUUUCUACAGUCCCUGAAUACAGUUUGGAUGCUUGUGCUCCAUGCUUUUGCAUCUUAACCUCUAAUUUUCAUAUCAGAAGCUCGGCACUGUGCUCAAAAACCUAAUUUAGCACCAACACCAAAACAAGAGAUUUUUGUGACUGAAAUAUAACUACAAAAUUACAUAUCCUUUCAAAGUGGUCUAUCAGCCUCCUAUUGCCGGUCGUUUACAUUCCUGAAAUGGGACAACACAGCUGCCUUCACACAGAUGGACGCCAAAGAAAGUCCCUACUUUCAGCUUAAAAUCCACUUGCUGCACAUACUGCAACAGACUUCAAUAAAAGAUUGCAUUUCUUGAACAAAGUUACUUGUGGUUCUGCCACCCCUGAAGGAACACACAGGAAAGUGUCACUGUGGACCACCUCAGCCUACAGAUGGUGAGUCCUGUGAAAAUAGCAUUCCCCGACAGGCUAUACUGAGCCCAGAUAAGCAGCAGUAUAUGUGUCAGAAGAAACUGAUGAAAGUGAGAGCACAAACCAAUGGCAUAAAUGGGGAGCUAGACCCAAAAGUGCUAGAGACAUCAGACUGUCACAAGUAUUACAUAUUGCAGCAUUAGCAUCUUCCACCCCAGAAAUGGAUAUGACCCAACUAGCAAAAACUGGUAUUCUUCCACCCCCAAUACAUCUUGAAUAUAGAUUUGAACCACCAAUUAAUGUGGAUGAAGAAACUGAAAGCAUGCUCAGACAUAGACCACAUCAGUCUAAAAUUGCAGCUAGAAGGUGCUCAAGAUUCAGCAGUUAGCAGUGUUCUGCUGAGAUUACAGCUGAGCCCAACACUCUGAUAGUGGGUGACUCUAUCAUUAGAAGCAUUGAUAACCGGGGGGCUACCACUAAUUGCUGCCUCCUCAGUCAACUGUUUCUGAUGUAAAAAGGAACUUCAGAUCAUCCUGAUGAAUCAUAAGACUGUAAAUUGGGUUAUUAUUACAUGUGGGGAAAAAAUAUAUUCGGGGCGAGCAGUCAGAACUCCUUAAGAAGGAUUUCAAUGAACUCUUGGAAGAUUGAAAAUUAAUUCAUAUGUGGACCACUCCCAGCCCGACGAACAAAUAUGUAUUCUCGGUUGCUCAGCCUAAACACAUGGCUGCACAGAACCUGCAAUAUAAGAAGACUGAACUACAUUGACAAAGUCAAAGAGAACUGUUUAAAUCAGUUGGCCUUCACCCAAACAAACGUGGUGCAAAAGUGUUAAAGGACAAUAUCUACUUCUACCUCCUUCUUCCAUCUGCAAUGUACACAAAUCCACUCAAAUUGGAUGGCACACAAACACCACAGCAGUGUCAGGGUGACCUUGUAUUGAUUGAUAAAUCCUACAAAACAUAGCACAGCCACAACAUUCACUGCUCAGGGACAUAAUCCAGGCAAAGCCCCACCCAUAGGGCAUACUACAGUCGGAAUGUGAUGAAUUGGAACUGUUCCACAUCAUCCUUCUUCUGAUCUCGGUGAACAACAUGCUCGGAAGUUGCACCAGUGGAUUUGUCGGCUUGCCAUCGCCUGCUUCACCAAGCAGUGUAUGCUUUACCUGUUGUGUACCUGUUAGUUCUAUUACUCUGUUCCUCAGUACAAAGAGUUUUACCACUUCACGUUUAUGACUGUGCAUUUCUUCUGUAUAUUUGAGCCUCUGUCGUUGCCACAGUGGAGUGGAAAAGUUUACUCACCCUCCAUUCCUUAUGCUGUUACCAGCAGACAUUUGUCUAUUGGACUGCCAUUGCUCCAGGAAGAAACGGCACAAGAAACGGGUCAAGGGGGGUGGCGUUUUGUUGCAUUUAAGGAGAUCUCUCUGUGCUGCUGCUGCAUCCACACCCGUGGCACUACCCAAUCUCCAUCUGAAUCAGAAUCAGAAAUCAUCCUUGAAAUGACUGGUUUUAUUCAUCAAAAUUCUUAUUCCUGUUUUGAGUUAUUGAGGUUGGCAACCAGGCAUGUCUCAACAUGAAUGCAUGUCCGCAGAAGAUAAAUAAAUCUCCUGGUGAUUUUAACUUCAUGGGUUCCCCAAAGGCUGUUGGUCAGGGUGAAGGUAUAGCUACUAUUUUUAAAAGCUGUUUUAAAUGCUGAUAAUUGCCAGUAGAAACUUACUCUAGCUUUGAGGUUCAGCUACGUAAAUUAGAUUUGCUUAGCCCUGUUCUUUGUGCACUUAUUUAAGUCAAGUCAUUUUUAUUUGUAUAGCGCCUGCACAACACAUCUUUAUUUAGGAUGUAAUAUAGAUAAUAAUGUAACAGGGGAAGUUAUGGCAGGUAAUGCUCUUAAAAAAAUCUGUAACCGAAUUACAUUUUUAGCUAGGAAAGCAGAGGUACUUGAUGUACACACUUUAAAGUUGCUUGCAGUUGCAUUGAUACAGCCUCAUUUUGAUUAUGCAGCAGUAUUCCAAUUUAGUAGUAUUUCUCAAAGAACAAAAGAUAGACUUCAGAAAGCUCAAAAUAAAAUGUUAAGAUUAAUAAUAAAAAUGCAUCCCCAUACUCAUUUUAUAGAUCAUGUUUUUUGGACAAUAGAGGAAAGAGUGAAUUUCUUAAAAUUGGGAAUUACCCAUAAAAUCAUAAAUCAUUUGGUGCCAAGAUAUUUGGAUAACUACAUUGACAUGGUAAAAGACUGGGAUACCUAUGGUACAAGGGGUAGUGAUUAUAUUAUCUACCCAUGCAGGUUCAUAAGUUUGAUGGGGAAAAAUACCUUUUUAUACUCUAGUGCAGUUGUUUGGAAUAAACUACCAGUCUUUGAAGAGUAUAAUAAAUGUGAGAAGUUUUAAGAUAGAGGCUAGAAGAUGUAGUUUUUGAAGGUUUGAUUGUAAAUGAGUAAACUGCUAAACUCAGGCUUGUCUGUAUUUUAAGUGUUGACUGAAAAUUAAUUGCAGUUUUAAUAUGUUGUAAAUUGGGUAUUUUGCAUUGUCACCUAUACGUGCCUAAAUCUUUUUAAAUUACCCAGAGGACCACAAUGGAAAUAAGCUUUUGGCUUUAUUGUGUUUGUUUUUAUCCACAACAGUUUUUGUGAAUUGCAUGGCAUGUAUGUAUAUCAUUGUUGUACAAUUUUUUGUAAGCAAAACUUGUCAAAUACAUAAAAUCAAAUAAAAGAGCAGCUUUACAGAAAAUCAUGCAUUA